AACAUAACCCAAACCCAACUCAUACGCACACGCACCCCCUCCCUCCCUCCCUCACCCUCUUUUCUUUCCCCCCCUAUGGGCCAUCCACCGAAUCCCCUUCCUUUCUAAAUCCCCCAUUCUCUCUCUCUCUCUCUCUCUCUCUCUCUCUCUAUAUUCAAUCGGAUUCACCGUUCAUCCACCGUCAAACUACAGCAUCUUACAGUUCAAAAACUUUGUUGACCAUAGUUGACCAUUCGCCAUCGUGAUCUUGGCAAUCCACCAAGAUUCUGAUCAGUAUGGGGCAUCAGCAUCAUUUUAGCCCAUCCUUCAUGCUAGAGGCUGAUAAUGAACAUAGCUGGAACUUUGCAGAAAAUACCUACAUGCCUACUGCAAGAAACGGGGCUGGACCAAGUAGUUCUUCUAUAUAUCACACAGAUAAUAUGUCGAUCGAUGGACCGCAAUACACACACUGUAAUCACACACCGACAUCAAACGCAUAUCCUUCAUUACCUCACAAUCUUCCGAUCCCAAACUAUCAACAAGAUGUUGCCGGUCCAUCAGAUCUUUCUAUGCUUACGCUUCAUACACCCUCUACUUAUAUAGCUCCUGAAGAUUAUAGAAACCGAGCUUCUUCAUCUAAUUACAGUGGAAAUCCUUUCAACGAAGAAGAUUUAUUUGACCUAAGGGUCAGUAAUCAAAGUGUUCAAUAUAAGCGCAAAAGCCCGGGUGUUCCAGAAGGUCAAAGUGGUCAAAGUUCAUCUGAUGUUGCAAUGAUCGAUGAACCUUGGACAAAUUUUCUUCAUGCACCUUUGGAUUUUAACAUGACAAAUGCUAAUGCCCUUUCGAUUGGUGGGGGGAGUUCUGUUAGGAAUGUGAGAAGCCGGUCAACGAUUGACUUGGAAGCAAGCGCUGCUAGGAAUCAUUUGACAAGUAAUCUGGCACGUGACUUUUAUACAACCAGUCGACCCAUGGAUAUUGGUCCGAGCUUAAAUGGUUUGAAUCCAACUCGUGUGUCUUCUACUGUUAAUGAAAAUGGUACCCUUAACUACGAACAAUUAAACCCGUUUCUCGAACAAAGCAGCAGUAAUACUAGUUCUUCGGUAGUAAGCGGGCAACAGAAUAACAAUCAUGUCCUUCGAACUUUUCCGAGUUCUUUUGCUCAAUCCGUGAGAGGAGUUCGAAGUGGUUUUAGUCAAAGUCAAAGGCCUGCCUCAACUUUCAGGGUGUCUUCAACCAACUUAACCGAUGACAGGUUGCACUUAGCAACCAAUAAUCAUUCUUCCCGACGUCCAAGGCCUUCAUCCAGCAUAGGCUGGCACACUAGUGACAGGAGAUACCGAUCUUUAUCUAGGGUGAACUUUCAUGAUCACCCACCAUCUGAGGGUGUUACGAUCAUGGAUCGAUCGGCUGUCUAUGGAUCGAGAAAUCCUUUUGAUCAACAUCGGGACAUGAGACUCGACAUAGAUGACAUGAGUUACGAGGAGCUUCUUGCACUUGGGGAAAGAAUCGGAAGCGUUGGCACGGGCCUGCCAGACCACCUUAUCUCAAAAUGUAUACAAGAAUCGAUUUACUGUUCUUCAGACCAAAUACAAGACGAAGGAACGUGUGUCAUCUGCUUGGAAGAGUAUGCAAAUAUGGAUGAUGUGGGGAUGCUAAGAGUUUGUGGGCAUGAUUUUCAUGUUGGGUGUAUCCGAAAAUGGUUGUCAAUGAAGAACUUGUGUCCCAUUUGCAAAGCAGAACCCAUGAAACAGAAAUAAGUUGGUAAGACCUGUUUGUAUCUUAUUGUUGUAAAUAGAUGUUGGUGGAAUUUGAAUAAUCUGGUAAACAUUGUGCAUCCAUGACAAUCAUGGUGCAGUGUCCCUGGUUAAUUUAUUGGGGUUGUGUAUGUAUAUGUUUAUAUAUAUGCUAAUUAAUGGAAAUUAUAUCAAAUUCACAAGGUU